AUGAAAGCAACUCGUGUACUUGGAAUUAUAUUCAAUAAAGCAACUGAAAAUAUUCCACUUUCUUCUUCACUUACUGAUACACUUAUCUCGCUUACUGAAGCACUUCGAGCAAAUAGCAAAGAAACAAAAUUUAGAUUAUAUUUGAUACAAGCUAUUGGAGAAAUUAUGAUAUUUAUUGCCGGACGAACAUCUGAUAAUUCUCUUGUACCUGGUUUUACUUAUCAAAUAAUUAGUCGAUGUCUUAAAGAUGGUGAUGACUUUGCACUUAAUCAUGCUGCAUGUAAAACAAUUGAAAAUCUUUUACUUGUCGCUGAUAAACAAGCUGAUAAAUUGGCUACACUUGAUAAUGCUCUUGCACUUUGGAACAUCUCUAGCGUCGUUGGGAAUAAUGAACAUCUACGUGCUUCGGCAUUAGCUGCAUUAUGUCAUAUGGGUUUAUCCUAUCCAGAUGUUGUACAAUCCGUUAUUGAUAAAGUGACUAUCAAAGGCGAUAUACUUCAAUCAACAUCCUCCAAAGUUCUACAAUAUAUUAUAACACUAUUAGCUAUUUUAGCUAAACGAACAAAGAAUCGUUCAAUGCUUAUACAAGAUAUAGUACCAAAAAUGCAUGUACUUUAUGAAAAUACAAAUAUUCUAAUUCGUGCGAAAGCAUAUACGUUAACAUAUGUCCUAUUAUCCACGUAUAAUGAAAGUCUUUAUACAUUAAGUGAUACAAAACUUUUCCAAGCAAUUGAACGUGAUGUUCGUCGUACAUCAGCUGAUCCAGAUGAAAAUGAUCUAUUACAUGAAGCACUUAAUCGUUUAACAACACUUUUAUCAAGUCUUCUAACACGAACAUUAGAUGAACUUUUAUCAUCGACUGAACAAACAAGAAAAACAUCACCAGUUAAAGAUGCAUUUAAAAAAUGGUUACCAUCAUUUCGAUUAAUUUCAACUAUUAUCGGAAAUCCCUGUAUUCGUUCUCGAGUUGUUACAUUGAUGUCUAUCAAAAAAUUAUUUAAACUUUUUUCCAAUAUUAAACUCAUUGCGGAAUUACAUAGCGAAUUAACAAAAGGUGUAUCAUCUUUAACCGAAAUUAUAUCUUAUACAUCUCAAACAUUAGAUGCAUUUGUUCGUGCACGUGAUCUUUUAGCAUUAUUUAGUGAAAUACUACUUAGUGAUUUACUUCCACUCUGUUCUCAAUUACUUGUAUCAUCAACCAAUGUUGAAGAAUUUUCACUUCUUGCACUUUGUAUACUCAAUGAAUUAUUAACGGAAUUAAAAUUAACUGAUUGUGUUUUACCUUCACAUAUUCAACGUGAUAUAAAACAGGAAUUACAUCAAACAUUUUUACCAAUUAUUUGUGAUCGACAUAUACUUCGAGAAGAACCUAUUGCAUUACUUAGUUUACGUUUUAUUCAAACAAUAUGGACAUUAAUCGAUCAUACACCUAUUUCAUUAUCGAUUCUUUCACAAUCAAAACUUAUACCAAGUUUAUUUACACUUAUCAUGCAACAUAAAGAUAAACCAACAGGUCCAUUUAUACAAGGUGUUGUAUCUUGCUUGACAACAUUAUCUGAACAACGAGAAAUGAUUCAAACAAUGAUUGAACAAGGUUUAGUAUCGGUUCAAUUACAAUUAAUUCAAGAUCAAUUAAAUUUUUCAAUAACUGAUCGAAUAUCGAUGAAUGUUUUACUUGAAUUAUUAUCGUUACUUGAUCGAGAUCUUACUUAUGUACUCGAUAUUGUAAAACGAGCAUUACAAGUGAAAAAAACUGGCAUAGGUGAAUCUGAUUUACCAUCAAUAGCAGAAAAAUUAUUACAAAAUCAUAAACCACUUGUAUCACUUGUUGGUCCAAUGAUUAAUUUAUUACCAAAUGAAGAUUCAUCCAUUGCUAAAAUAGCUUUACAUAAUCUAUCGUUAUUAACUCAAUUGAUUGGUAGUGAAGGAAAAGCAGUUCUAACGAAAAAUCAUUGUCAUAUAUUAAGUUCAAUACUUCGAACGACGGAUACAACGAAACAAAAAUUACUUCUUCGUGCUUUGAAACGUUUGAUCAAUGGGGAUAAACGAAGUUUAGAUGUAGCUCGUUCAAAUAAUAAUAAUGAACUUAUUCAAACAUUACAACAAUUAAAAAAGUCAGCAGCGACAGAAGCUGAUGCUGGUCUUAUUUCACAUGUUGAUGAUUUAUUACAUUUACUCAUGUAA